AUGUUCUUUUUAGUUCUCAAAUACAAGAAGAAGGGAAUGAAGACCAAAAAUGUGAUGGAGUGCACACUAUUGCUAAUUUUGAUACCAACAUUGAUAAUAACAGUCGGAGUAGGAGGAAUUGCAUUAGUAUCGAAAUUAUUGUUGGACACGACAGUGAUGGUGCAGGGUCAAAGUGAUGAUUCAACGUUUUCACGGAAUCGGAUUCAAUUUGAAAUUGAUGAACACGGUCAUAUGAAAACAGUAGAACAAGACCAACAACAACAGUACAAUCAAUAUUCUUCACCUUUGAAAUCAGAAAACCAUGUAAAAGUGAGAGCAGUCUUACAUCCAGGUCAAGAAAUACUCUCGGAGAGAAUAUAUUUUCAUCGUGAUGACUAUUGGCAAGGUGAAGAUGUACUUUAUGAACUGAACGGCUUACACUCACAUCGAAAGUAUGAAGUACGAGUUUCCUAUCCUGCCUAUUGUCCUGCUGUGUUCUCUCUCAAAAUCAUCCAUACCUUAUCGGAACUACUCCAUCACCCUUCUCUUCCACCUCAAAGACGUCGUUUACUGAAUAUUGAGAAGAUGACCUUUGAAGAACCACCAUCAUCAUCAACUGAGGACUUUCUCCAUAAGAGAUUUCUCAUCAUUCAUGCAGAGCGAGAAGCUCCCUCCUUCCAGAGUUCCAUUCAGCAAUCACCCAUCCUCUUUAAUCUAGCUCUCGAGGAAUUAAAGAUGGGUUUCCUUCCCAAUGGUUCUCUAACAUUAGGAUUGUUGGUGUUGACAACUUUGGUGCUUGUUGGUGUCAGUCUGAAUUAUUUUGGCGCCUUAUUUCAACCAACACUUGGAGAACCAUGA